GUAUUGACUUUAAGAUCAAAACUGUCGACGUGGAUGGGAAGAAGAUCAAAUUGCAGGUCUGGGACACCGCUGGGCAGGAGAGAUUCAAGACUAUCACCACCGCCUAUUAUAGAGGAGCAAUGGGCAUCAUACUAGUUUACGACAUCACGGACGAGAAGUCUUUCGAGAACAUCCAGAACUGGAUGAAGAGUAUUAAAGAGAAUGCUUCUGCAACGGUGGAGAGGAUGUUACUGGGAAACAAAUGCGAUAUGGAAAAUAAACGGAAAGUGCCGAAGGAUAAGGCGGAAAAGCUAGCCAAGGACCACGGCAUCCGAUUCUUCGAAACCAGCGCCAAGUCGAGUUUGAACGUGGAAGAGGUGAGUCCGUCUAUCCGUCUGGUCGAGCGGCCUCCAGGCAAGCUGGCCCCGAGUUUAAUCUCGGCCUCCCUCAGCCCAGAUAGAGCUCUAGGGGCUAGUGGAAUCAGGGGAUAUGGGGAGAAGGCAGGCACGGGUUAUUGAUUGGGGACGAUCAACCAUGAUCACAAUGAAUGGCAGUGAUGACUCGAAGGGCCGAAUGGCCUCCUCCUGCACUUAUGUUCUAUGUUUCUACAUACAUAUUUAUAUCUGUUUGUGAUAGACACAAAAAUGCUGGAGAAACUCAGCGGGUGCAGCAGCAUCUAUGGAGCGAAGGAAAUAGGCAACGUUUCGGGCCAAAACCCUUCCUCAGACUGAUAGACACAGAAUGCUGAAGUAACUCAGCGGGUGAGGCAACAUCUCUGGAGAGAAGGAAUGGGCGACGUUUCAGGUCGAGACCCUUCUGAAUGGUCCCUAAUGUGUUAAUAUGCGGGGUCGCUGGUCGGUGUAGACACGAAGGGCCUGUAUCUCGAAACUAAACUGGUAGAAUAUAGACACAAAUACCAGAGUGUAGAAUAUAGUUUUUCAGCAUUGCGGUUCCAAAGGAAAAAGGUGCAAUGCCCCUUACUGAGGUAGGUUGGAAACAUAGAAACAUAGAAAAUAGGUGCAGGAGUAGGCCAUUUGGCCCUUCGAGCCUUCACUGCCAUUCAAUAUGAUCAUGGCUGAUCAUCCAACUCAGUAUCCCAUCCCUGCCUUCUCUCCAUACCCCCUGAUCCCUUUAGCCACAAGGGCCACAUCUAACUCCCUCUUAAAUAUAGCCAAUGAACUGUGUGGCCUCAACUACCUUCUGUGGCAGAGAGUUCCACAGAUUCACCACUAUCUGUGUGAAAAAUGUUUUCCUUGUCUCCGUUCUAAAUGGCUUACUCCUUAUACUUAAACUGUGUGUGUGUGACCCCUGGUUCUGGACUCCCCCAACAUCGGGAACAUGUUUCCUGACUCUAGCUCUAGGUUUUCCUCAUCUCGGUCCUAAAAGAUUUCCCCCUUAUCCUUAAACUGUGUGUGUGACCCCUUGUUCUGGACUUCCCCAACAUCGGGAACAAUCUUCCUGCAUCUAGCCUGUCCAACCCCUUAAGAAUGUUGUAAGUUUCUACAAGAUCCCCCCUCAAUCUUCUAAAUUCUAGCGAGUACAAGCCGAGUCUAUCCAGUCUUUCUUCAUAUUGAAAGUCCUGACAUCCCAGGAAUCAGUCUGGUGAACCUUCUCUGUACUCCCUCUAUGGCAAGAAUGUCCUUCCUCAGAUUAGGAGACCAACACUGUACGCAAUACUCCAGGUGCGGUCUCACCAAGACCCUGUACAGCUGCAGUAGAACCUCCCUGCUCCUAUACUCAAAUCCUUUUGCUAUGAAGAAUGUGUUUCCUCAGAUUAGGAGACCAAAACUGUACGCAAUACUCCAGGUGUGGUCUCACCAAGACCCUGUACAGCUGCAGUAGAACCUCCCUGCAGGAAGAUUGUUCCCGAUGUUAGGGAAGUCCAGGACAAGGGGUCACAGCUUAAGGAUAAAGGGGAAAUCCUUUAAAACCGAGAUGAGAAUAACUUUUUUCACGCAGAGAGUGGUGAAUCUCUGGAACUCUCUGCCACAGAGGGUAGUUGAGGCCAGUUCAUUGACUAUAUUUAAGAGGGAGUUAGAUGUGGCCCUUGUGGCUAAGGGGAUCAGGGGGUAUGGAGAGAAGGCAGGUACGGGAUACUGAGUUGGAUGAUCAGCCAUGAUCAUAUUGAAUGGCGGUGCAGGCUCGAAGGGCCGAAUGGCCUACUCCUGCACCUAAUUUCUAUGUUUCUAUACUCAAAUCCUUUUGCUAUGAAUGCUAACAUG